UAAUACAACAGCCCGGUUUCCAAUAUGGCGGCUGCUUGUUUGAAAAUCUAAAUGAAAACGGAAAAAUCUUCUUUUCAAAGUCGAGCCGUAGUUAAUUUUAGGAACACUGGGUUUUAUUGUAUGGCGUUGGGCUCUAGUAAUUUCAGAUAGAUAAAAUGGUGAAAGCAGAGGAGAGGAACAGCGUGGCAGACGGCUGGGAAGAAGCGUUUAAGAAAAACCGGCUGGUUCCUCCGUCCAGCCAAACAGUCCGCCAGGCUGAGGAGAACCAUCUCAUCUCUGCCUGUGGCUUCCAGCUCCUCUUCAACAGCCUCACUGCAGCUCACCUCCAGCAGGACCCGACAGCUGAGGAAGAUGUGACCUACCAGCUGCGAGUGACUCUCUUCGACAGAAAGCUGCAGCACUUCUUCGGGAAAACGUGGAAGAGUUUAUCCAAAAAAAGGAAAAGCAACAAAAUUUCCUUCAAUGAGGUGCUGUACCUCCAUACAUCCUUGCUGUUGCCCGGCACUCUGGCCAUCGUGGAGUUCGCGUCUUUGUGCCCCAAACCAGACAGCUCCAAUCUGGCUUUGGGGAAAGGCUUCACUAUCCUGGAGCUUUUCACCAACAGGCCAGAGGGUCCAAGCACCGAUGGAGGCAGAAGGCUGAAUCUGUACCACGGAUCACCCAGAGGCCUCCUCCACCCCUCAUUGAAGGACUCACUUGACUAUGGCAAUAUUUUGAAGGUAAUUGAUGGAGCACAUUUGAAUUGUGUGGUAAAAACACAUCCUUCCCUGAAUUGUGCAAUGCACCUCCUUCCUGAGAAUGCUCUGGUUUCGGGAAAGGACAACAUAUCCGGACUCAUCCCUUCUCCAACAGGAGAUUCUCUGCUGAGGCCUCAGCUGCUCAAGAUGACGUCCUUCACCCUGGAUAGACUGACCAUUUCCCUCCAGCCUUCCCUGGAGAAGUUUGAGAGCCUUCUGUUGCAGCUCAUCAAUGCUGACUGCCAAAACACAAAACAACCCGAUCCAGAGGACGUGCAAAAGACGGUAGUCAUCCAGGAACGGAGGCUUCACGUCGGAGUGCACAACGGCUGGUGUUUCCUUGAUAAGCCCCAAGUGGUGGUCCUGGAGCCCGUUGCUUCAGGGGUCAGAGGACGAACAGACAGCGCCUCUAAGAAGAGCCUGCUGGUCAAGGACAGCUCAGCAACAUCGCCGCGUCCUCAGAUGCUGGGCCUUCGCAGCAGCUUGGAGAUAACACUGGCCAAUAAUCAGGCUUUGGCAAUCGUUUUUCAGCUAGAGUACGUCUUCUCCGCUCCCAUAGGCCGAGAGACUAUGCUGUCUGCUACCUCCACAUCCAGAGCUGCCUUCUUGCAGUGCCUUCGCUGGGGAGUUUGGUGCCCCUUCCAGGACCUAGCUGACUGGAAAGGCAAAGAGGUGAAGCUUGUUCUGCAAGGAGGCGCACAGCCGAACCCCUUUGGAGUGAUGGUCUACAGCACAGAGACAUCUGUCCAAGCUCCUAGCCCAGCGGCAGUUUCUGCUCCAAGCACAGUUCAGGAGAAGGAUCUGAUGAGAUUUUGGCUUCAGUCCAGUGUGGAAAAGAAGCCAUCCAGCCCAAAGGCAUCUCUAAAAACUAAGCAGGAGGAUGUGACACGAGAGAGAGCUUCACCUAUACAAAGUGAAAAACAGAUCCCUUCCUACUCUGUUCUUGAUUCCCCUCAAGGCCCCGGGCUCUCACUGUCUCAGCUGGCAGCUACUUCACGCUACCCGACCAUCAGCCACUUCAGCUCGGCGUUACCGUGGCAACAGUCAUUUCCUUCUCUGCUCCAUCCUUCCCCGUUGGCAUCGGCCCACCAGCUGUCACAUGUCGCCUGUUCAGCUGUCAGCAGCAUCACCCACCUGGAGAUGGACCUUCAGCGGGAAGGAGGAGAGGUUACCGCCAAGGACGUAGAAGGAGACCAACUUCAAGAGCUGCCCUUCACCCCUGUCCAUGCUCCUGUCAUUAAUCUGGGAAUUAAUGUGCCGAGUUCCUGCUCUGUCAGCUCCAGAAGCUCCCUGGCACACCUCUUCUCGGCCGGUUUUCCUGAAAUUGUGGACUGCAGCGGGCAGGUGGCGGAAGUCCUGGACCCGACUGAACCUGUGCCCUUCGAUCCUCAGCGGGAGGAGGCUGACCUCUUACAGGGAAACCUGCUGGUCUUUCAGUUUCUGGCAUUUACCAGGAUACCUUCAGGAGGUGUUGAAAGUGACUGGCCUCGCAACAUCUAUGUUACUUUUCAGUUUUACCGCUUCCCUCCUGUCACUUCCCAGCAACUGAGGCUGGUGACCAGUGAUAAGGUUCAGCACAGAGCUAGUGAGGCACUUCCUUGUGUCUUAGCCACCAUCAACAAAGACGGAUCUGUUAAUCACGGUUCUCCAGGUCUACAGUUACAGUUCAGAGUUGAUGACGGUUUUUUGAGACCAGGAGAGAAGCAGUGGUUUCUCCGCCAUCUGGCCCUCCACACCAUGCACAUUGACGUCUGGGACAGUGACUCGUUGCUCCUCAUCGGUUCUACGGCCAUCGAGCUCAAGUACCUGCUGCGUCAGGGAAAGUCUGCAGUCCAGGCUCUCCAUGAGCUGGAGGUUUUAACCACCGAUUAUGUGGGUGAGGACACUUUGCUGACUAACGCAGAUCUGGGUCAACGCUCAGCUUCUACUCCAAUGACAGUUUGCACCAUCGUUAGAGGCCGGCUCCACAUACGAACGGGCAACAUAGGAUGUCCAGUUGACCGUAGCAAGAAGAGAGAAGUGGACGGGAUUGCAUCUCAUUCUCACAUUAUCAAACCUGCUCCAGUCAGCGGUGGUUUUAAAGGAGGACCUCUGUCACCCAGAAACGCCCUCCAACUCAAUGCGAGAAACACUGCACACAGGCUGGAUGGAGAUCGGAUGCUGCUGCACAGAGAUAGGGGGACAGCCCAUGACAUCACCACCGAAGCCCCAAACCUGAACAGUGAUAGCAGGUUGCGGAAGCUGGACUGCAUGGCUGCCGUGCGUCAACUGGAGGCUAAACAAAACACCAAAGCAACUGAUGUUACGGAUCUGAAACCAGCGGCUCGUAUCAUCAGAGAACUUCCACCCAACGAUGAGUACAGCAAAGCAGAGGGAAUAGCUAACAUGCUGAGCCAAGCCAUCACCACCCAGCACCUUCUCUAUGCCAGCCUGGGCUCUGCUGAGUACAUGGAGUUUGUCCUAAAGAAUCCCUUCAACGUCCCUAAGACGGUCACCAUCCACACUGAUGACUCCGAGCUCAGUGUCAUCACUGACACAGAGGAGUGGCGUUACUUCAAAGGCCUUACGAAGACCACUACGCCACUGGAGGAGAACAUGUUUCACAUGGAAGAAGGAGCUCCGGGUCCAAAGGUUUAUGUCCGACCCAAAGAAAGUGUCCACAUUCCCCUGAAGUACCAGAGCUUCCUAUGCAACCACACCAUAGCUGUCCAGGGGCCGAGUUUUCUGCCUACAAGCAAAAGUUCCCAGAUGGCCAAGAAGAAUCCGUCCAACAUUAUUAAUGCCAAAAUUAUCAAGGUUACAUUUAGAGCAGAAGAUGGAAAGCCGAUGGCCAUCUGCCAAGUGAAUGUGCAGCCAACACCCCACGUCGUGGACCAGACUUUCCGACUUUACCAUCCUGAACUUUCUUUCCUCAAGAAGGCCAUCCGCCUGCCGCCGUGGCAGGACCCAACAGCUGAGGACCCAAAUUUCUGGACUCAUAUUUCUGUUCGCUGCAGUGACCCUAAUAUCAUCUGCCAGACGAGGAUGCUGGUUCCAGGAGAGCCUCAGGAUGUGUACUUGAAAGUACCAGGGAGUCCUAGUCCACAGAUAAAGAUGUUCUUUGUGAUGAUAUUCACUGAUAAGUGGAUGGCAGCGCCUUCUCAGAUCUGGCAGGUUUAUGUCCAUUUUCUGGAGCGGGUGGACGUCAGCUGUGUGACUGGCCAGAGAAGCUGUCAAUCACUGGUUCUGAGGGGAAAACAGGCUGUUCGCAAGAUCAAAUGUUUCUCAUCACACCCCAGUGAAAUUGAGGUGGACCCAGCCGGUGUGUUUGUUUUGCCUCCUGCAGCUGUGCAGGAGCUCCAACUAAGAGUCCAACCAUGGCAGGCCGGCAGCCGCUUCCUGUAUGUGAACGCUGUAGACAUGGAGCAGCAGCGGCUGGUCGCUGCCUGGCUGCUGUGUCUCAAUGUCCACCGUCCUGUACUGUCAAAGGCAUUCGAAGUGUCCGUUCCAGUUGGUAAUGGGCGUGGCAGCUCCAAAAAAAUCACUUACACCAACCCUUACACCAGCACACGGACAUUUCUGCUCCGCUCCGACCAUCCCGACCUGCUCCAGUUCAGAGAGGAUAAGUUCCAGGUUGGAGGAGGAGAAAGUUACCCCAUCGGUUUACGGUUUGCUCCCACCCAGAGUCCAGGCUCGGCGGAGAUCCUGGUUUACGUCAAUAACUUGGAGGAGAAAACCGAGGAGACUUUCUGCGUAAAAGUCAACUAUUCUUGAGCAUCUGUAUGUAAAUGCUGCUGUGAUGGAGCAAUAUAAAUCCCAGCAUUUUAUAAAAGCAUUUGUUUUUCAUUAUUUCUUUGUAUGAAGCUUGUAGUUUUGUAUUUUGUAAAUAAGCUAAAUAAAAGUAUUGAUUGCUUAUUGAAUUAAUUUUUUUUUUACAGCCGCAUUUUUUUCACAAUAAAAGAUUAGAGCACACGCAAAUUUGAAAGUUUGUAGAAAUUAAUAACAAAAAAAAAAGAGUGAUUAAAGGAAUAUGUAGGCUUGUUUUUUUGACUCAUCAGAUAACACCGACGUUCCGAUUUAAUCAAGCUGCCAAGGCUGAGCUGUCCACAGAAUAAUGUCCAGGAAAUGCUUGACGGUACAAACCAUCCAGAUUGGAAUAUCAGGGUGAAAGCAGACAUCACCUGAUGGCUGGGUUUUCAUCUAAACUCUCAACCUUCACGUCUCCCCACCUUCUAAACAACUUACUCUCAUCACCGUCGUUAUUAGGAGCCCAGCUGUAAUGAGGUAUGAUUUUAUUUAGCGAGGCGCACAUCUCUACACAGUGCCCUCAUUAACACAAGCACCCUUUUAAGCCCUCCACGCUCUCCUGCUGCUUGCUGCACUCUGUGUUUCCCUGUUUGAGGAGCUUGGAGACAGAGAGAGAGAAGGCCAUGCAUAUUGUGUUAUAUAACUCUGAGUUACACAAUCCUUCCUCCUACUCCCCCUGCUCUCCCUCCCCUGCUCGCUUUCAGUCUCAUUAGAAUGCAGGCAGCAAAAUAAGCCUCAGCACAGCAGCAGAGACAAAUAAAACAAAGAUAGUCACUAAGCCUGGUUCAUCCUAUAAAGGCCUUAUUGUCUUUAGAUCUUUAAUUUCAACGUGCAAAUAGACAAAGUUUGACUCACUUUAUCUGUGAAGAUGUCACUGCACUGGCCAGGUUUGCUUAUCGGCAGCUAAAAUCUUAAUGCUGCUCAUCAAUUGAUUCCUUUUGUUCAUGAUGGGUGAAUCAUUUCUUGCAUAAUCCCUUUUCACAAAAAUAAAAGGUU